UUCCUCUUCCACCUCCGUUUCGUGGAGAAUGGGACAAACCCGGAACUCUGGCCCGACAACUCUUCAGGCGGCGAAAGCGUCGCUCACCCCCCUCUCAUAGCGGCGGCGCUCCGCAGCCGCUGCGCCCGAGGCGCGGAGAAGCAGCCCAAUGGAGCUCACGGAGGUGGACUUGGGCGACGACAGGGAGGGCGCUGGAGCAGAACCUGGCAGAGGUGUCGCGGAACCGUCUGCUCGGAGCAGAGUAAGCAGCCACGCGGGCAGCCUGGUGGAGGACAAAGAGGCGGAGCAGGAGCCCGGCCGGAGCAGAAGGGCCAGCCGCGCCUCCGCUCUGGUGAGCGGGCUGCUGACCGAGCUCUACAGCGCGGCGCGCGUUCGCCACCGCGACAGCGUCGACAGUUCCACGGAGGCGUCCGCCGGCUCCGACGUCUUCCCCGGGGGCAGAGGCAGCAGCGCCGAAUCCCGCGUCCUGCAGGAGCUGCUGCUGAACUCGGGUCAACGGCACCAGAGGAAGUACCUGGCUCAGAAAGAUUUUAGUGAAUUGACAACAGUAAUACAGGAGUUGAAUUAUAGAAUUUGUGUUCAGUCAGCCAAACUGCUUCGCCUUCUGAAACAAAAGGACAGACUUUUACAUAAAGUCCAGAGGAAUUGUGAUAUUGUAACAGCCUGUUUACAGGCAGUUUCCCCCAAACGACGAGUGGACACAAAGUUGAAGUUCACACUUGAGCCGUCAUUAGGUCAGAAUGGUUUUCAACAGUGGCAUGAUGCUCUCAAAGCAGUGGCAAGGCUGUCUACAGGAAUCCCAAAGGAGUGGAGAAGAAAGGUUUGGCUCACUUUGGCAGAUCACUAUUUAAAGAGUAUAGCGAUUGAUUGGGAUAAAACUAUGCGUUUCACUUUCAACGACCGCAGUAAUCCUGAUGAUGAUUCCAUGGGAAUACAAAUUGUGAAGGAUCUUCAUCGAACUGGAUGCAGUUCUUAUUGUGGCCAAGAGGCAGAACAAGACAGAGUGGUAUUGAAAAGAGUUUUAUUGGCUUAUGCCAGGUGGAAUAAAUCUGUGGGAUAUUGUCAAGGCUUUAAUAUCCUUGCUGCUCUCAUCCUGGAAGUAGUAGAAGGCAAUGAGGGAGAUGCAUUAAAAAUAAUGAUUUACUUAAUUGAUAAAGUGCUACCUGAUAGCUAUUUUGUUAAUAAUCUGAAAGCACUGUCUGUUGACAUGGCAGUGUUCCGAGAUCUUCUGAGAAUGAAACUUCCUGAGUUGUCUCAGCAUUUGGAUACUCUCCAAAGAAUUGCCAACAAGGAAAGUGGAGGUGGGUAUGAACCCCCACUUACAAAUGUCUUCACUAUGCAGUGGUUCCUGACCCUGUUUGCUACAUGCCUUCCUAACCAUACAGUUUUAAAAAUUUGGGAUUCUGUAUUCUUUGAGGGUUCAGAAAUUAUACUAAGAGUAGCAUUGGCUAUUUGGGCAAAACUCGAAGAGCAGGUCAAUUCUUGUGAAACUGCAGAUGACUUCUAUGGCACCAUGGGAAAAUUAACGCAGGAGAUGCUGGAAGAUAAACUCAUUGAUAGCAAUGAGCUCAUGCAGAUGGUUUAUUCUAUGGCCCAGUUCCCCUUCCCUCAGCUAUCUGAAUUAAGGGAGAAAUAUACAUACAACAUUACACCAUUUCCUGCUACGGUAAAAUCAACUGCAAGCCGACUGGGAAAAAUAAAAGACAGCGAUGAAGAAAAUGAAAUAGAUGAUGAAGACUCCCUAGCAAAUGUUAUUGGAUGUCUUGGACCAUUUAGUGGAUUUUUGGCUCCAGAAUUACAGAAGUAUCAAAAGCAUUUCAAAGACCAUAAUCAAGAACACAGUUUAGGCUCGAGUAACAUUGCAGAACUAAGUCCCGGUGCAAUAAAUGCUUGCCGAAAUGAAUAUCAUGCAGCUUUUAACAGUAUGAUGAUGGAACGUAUGACAACUGAUAUCAAUGCAUUGAAAAGACAGUAUUCUCGGAUAAAAAAGAAGCAGCAACAGCAGGUUCAUCAUGUGUAUAUUACAGCAGGGUCUGAAGAUGAUGACCUUGGGAUAGUUUUAGAUCCCAGGGACCAGCUGAAUAAUGAUAAAGGCCCAGUUACCAGUCUUAUGCCUUCUCAGGUGAACCAUUCUCCAGUAAUCAACCAUCUUUUGCUAGGGAAGAAGAUCAAACAAACCAGCAAGUCUGCCAAAAACAAUGUUCCAAGCCACACUGGGGGAAAGAUGUUACCAGGUCCGCAUGAAGAUAUUAAAGCAAAGCUAAACUCUCCAUGGCGCACUCACAUGAGGGUACAUCGAAAGAACCUAGCGCGAGCCAAAGGCCACCUGGGCUACGGAGAUACAAUAGGACUAAUAGAGGAACAGAGCGAACACGGGAAUGCUAGCAGUAUUAAUACAAAAGAAACUGCAAAUAAAUCUAAAACUAUAGAAGGUGAUGGGAACAUUUCAACAGAUGGACAAUCUCCUGAACCAACUUAUAAAGAUAAUGAUUCCAGUGUCUACGUAUCAGAGGUCCAGCAGAAGUUGGAAACCUUGGAACUUACACAGAAUAGUAGAGAUGAUACUGACGAUGAAACACACAGUUCUGAGUUGCCAAGUUUAGCCAAUGACAGUGGAAUAGUGGCAAAAUCCUGCACUUCUAAGCCACAAGUCUUUUGUCCUUUCCCUAGUGUCAAGCCACUCAGAAAAUCAGCUGCAGCCAGAAAUCUAGGAUUGUAUGGCCCAAAUGAAAGAACCCCAACUGUACACUUUCCACAGAUGAGUAGGAGCUUUAAUAAGCCUACAAGUGGUAACAGUGGGUCUAAAAAACGAUGAUAUGUGAAACAACUGGCACUUCAUUAGUAUAAUUGUUACAUACCAUUAUUGUAGGUUUUAUUUCCAAUAUACAUAACCAAUUUCAUUGUAUUUAAGUAAAUGACAAUACUUAUUAUGCUUUAUGCUUCCAAAGGGAUUUAUAAUUAACUCUUUCAUUGGAAAUAAUGAAGAUAAACCACUUAUAUAUACAUUAUACAAAAAUAAUUGGUUUUUUUAAUGUAGAACUACAUAGUGGCAUAAUUCUUUUUCACAUUAAAAAUUGUCUUGCAGCAUGAAAAA